AUGUCCAAUAAUGGCGCGUACGUUGUGCCGCAGGUGAAAACAGGCACCUCGAAAUCCUCCAAAACCAUCUUUCACUUCUCCGCCGGUCUCUGCUCUGGUCUCACAUCAUCCAUUCUCCUCCAACCAGCCGAUCUUCUCAAAACCAGAGUUCAACAAUCCCAACAAUCCCUUCUCCCAACCCUCAAGGGCAUCCUCUCAUCUCAGAAUCCGAUCCGGGGAUUAUGGCGCGGCACACUCCCCUCAGCGCUCCGCACCGGCGUCGGCUCGGCCCUUUAUUUCACCAGUCUAAACUCCCUUCGUCAAGCUGUCGCCCAAGCCAAUACCCCCCUCCUCGUAAACCAAAACGUCACUCAGUCCUCCUCUGCCCUCCCCAAACUCUCCAACACCGCCAAUCUUGCCACAGGAGCCGUCGCCCGUGUCGCAGCAGGUUUCGUCAUGAUGCCCGUCACAGUCAUCAAAGUUCGCUAUGAAUCCGAUUUCUACGCCUACCGCAGCCUGUUAGGCGCUACCCGGGAUAUAUUGCGAACAGAAGGAUUCCGCGGCCUUUUCGCUGGCUUCGGUGCCACCGCAGCGCGGGACGCACCAUACGCAGGUCUUUACGUCCUUAUCUAUGAGCAGCUGAAACGGCGCCUCGGAUCCAUGGCAGCGAAAGGGUCAAAUAAGAACAGCGAUGGGACACCACAGGCUACAUCUUCCUCAGGUAUCCAUUUCGCGUCAGGGGCAUUGGCAGCCGGUAUGGCCACUGCCAUUACCAACCCGUUUGAUGCGGUGAAAACCCGGUUGCAGCUUAUGCCGGCCAAGUAUGGCAAUAUGCUGCGUGCGGUACGCGUGAUGGUACAUGAGGAGGGCAUUCGCAGUCUUUUUGGCGGAUUGGGACUUCGUAUGGCGCGGAAAGCGCUCAGCUCGGCGCUGGCGUGGACGGUGUACGAGGAGCUCAUUCUGCGUGCUGAGAAACGGUGGGAGACGAACCAUCAGAUUGCCUUGAGCACUUGA